AUGGCAUUACCGGACGAUCUUCUCGCCACGCCUUUAUCCCUGGGCCACGCGCCCUCGGCGACUUUACAUGACGCCGUGAGAACACCUGUUUCGUUGGCUACGGCCACUGCGGUCUCAAGCGGGCGAAAUGAUGAGGACCCGCCGGAAACGCCCUCGCCCUGCGCGAGAAAGGUAGCCAGGCGAGUGCAGAAGAAACGCCAGGAGAGGACCUCGCCCAAUCGCAGGCUCAUCCAGGAGAUGAGGCGGAAAAACAAGUCGCCUAUUUUCGUUGCCGCGCUAGCCAAGGGGCUUUCUGGGGAAGCAGUUGCUGAAGAUAAUGGGCCUGUGCACAAAUCGGAUGGUGAGCUGCAUAUCACCGUUGAAGCAGUUGAGUCAGAAAAUGAAGAUACAAAUGAGCAGCAUGGGAGCGAGCAGCAGCCCAUUAUCAUAGAGACAGAUUCAGAUUCAGAUGCCGUCGACACCCUUUCGCCAACCCACGAAGACUCAGAAGAAUUCGUACCAGCGCAAUUCCAAUCCUUCACGCCCCGAACCCACACAGUCCACGCCAUAUUUGGGGACAUCCGCGAGGCAAUGACAAAAUCGUACAAGAAGAGCACAGGGCAUGGGUACAUCCUCUUCGACCGGCACAGCGAAAGCCCCUUCUUCAAAAUUGGAAAGUCAGCAGACGUAAAGAGACGCCAGAAGAACCACCAACGGGAGUGCAAGUUGGCGACCUGGAGCAUUAUCUCGAAGCCAGCGCGAGCCAUCCGCACGCCGAUGCGUCUCGAGCGUCUAGCUCAAGCCGAGCUGCGGAAUCUCAGCUAUAUCCCGAGCUGCGCAUGUGGCGUUGCGCACCAGGAGUACUUCUGGGGUGAGAAGGAACUCGGGCUGGAUGCUCUUGCGUUCUGGGCUGUGUGGCUGCAAGGGAAACAGGAAGGCGAAGAGUCCGAGCCGUACGACUGCAAUGAGCAGCUAAAGCCGUUUUGGGCCGACCGCCUGGACCAGUUCCAGGACCGCAUAAACGACUAUUUCAGAUGCGAUGACCCUUUUGCGAGGAGAGCGACGACGAAGCGCCCGCGUGCCAGGCAUGCCUUCGAGCAGGGUGGGAGAAGUUCGCGUCACCAACAGCAGCCGACAAACUCGACUACGCCUGCAGGGUGGGCAUCCCCUCUAGACGCGCGCGACAAAUCCUGCAAAGCCUCAACCGCCUCUGGCUAG